AUGUCGUCCGACGGUCCUACUCCGACUUUCUCCCUCAACACCGCAACCAAAGGCCCAGCGGCCGCCGAAGCCUUCUUCCAGGCUCUCGGCUUCAAGGUCCUUGCCGACUGGGGUGACGCGAAGUUCAAGGCCUUGCUACUGCCCCCACCUAACGAGAACCUCUGCCUCAUGCUCCAUGACCACAGCCGCUUCAAGGAGUUUAUUCGUCCCAACACCGAGAUCUCCGACGCCAGAACAUCGACCGAGGUCGUCUUUUCUAUUGGCUUAAAGGCCCGAGAAGACGUCGACCAGUGGCUUGCGAAGGCCAAGGAGGCCGGCGCCACACUGGAUCCGUAUGUGUCCCCAAACAAUGCGAAGGACAUGGGCACGUAUUCCCGCAGCUUUACGGACCUGGAUGGACAUAUCUGGAAGCUUAUAAGCAGCGAAAAGAGGACCGGUGAUCUUGCCUAUGUCAUGACCUUCGAGUCCAGGCUUAGCGGAGCAUUCUAA